GUCACCUGAUUGUGUGGUUUUAAUUUUUCCCGUGAGUGGGUGGAAACUGCGCAUUUGUAUUGAAAUCCGUGGUAUGAAGGUCGAGUUCAGCAUAUUUGCGUUUUAAGUAAAGGACACAUGAAUACAUACUCCAAUUCAUCCUGCUUCAACUAGAACGUCAGAGUUACCGUGUUACUGUGGUUACGUGUUAAGUGACGCGCAAAUUCCUGCAAAGACCUGCUGAUGAAAAAGAUGAAAUAUGGCGACCAGAUGUGAUGUUCUUCAAAUCGGAAAAUUCUUUAACGAGAUAGAAGGGGGAUACUUUAAUGAGAUAGUUGGGGAAUACUUUAAUGAGACAGAUUUACUCAGGGAUUACAUAGAGUGUAAAGAAACAGAAGGGAGGCUAGCUCAGGAGUCAGUGACCAAUGCUGCUAAAUAUUAUUCUGCUGGAGAGGAUGUGGACCUACAUGGAAAAAUUCCUGGCAUCAGUGUUGUCAAGUCCGAGAAACCUAAGUCAGGAAACUUUGGUCUGAAGGUCUAUCCAAGUUCACCAUCCGUUGUUCUUGCAAGCCGUUCUGGAUUGACAGUGCUAUAUCCAUCACUUUAUACAGAUGAAUCUGCAAAUGAUGAGAGGUCAACACCAAAUCUUUUUUGUGAUGAAACAAAGGCGCAUUCAAAAGCUAUCUUUGGACGUCUAAUGGCGGUGUCCAAGGAACAAGAACCCUUCAUUGAUCUUAAUGAACAUAAGGCUAAGAAACAAGACUCCGUUGGACUUAAUAAGCUUGAGACUAAGAAACAAGACUCCUCCAUUGUACAUAAGAAGCAUGAGACUGAGAAACAAGACCCGUCUAUUAGUCUUAAAAAAGAUGAGAUUGAGAAGCAAGACCCUUCAAUUGAUCUUAAACAAGAUGAUACGGAGAAACAAGACUCCUCCAUUGGACUUAAACAUGAGACUGAGAAACAAGACCCGUCCAUUGAUCUUAAAAAAGAUGAGACUGAGAAACAACACCCGUCAAUUGAUCUUAAAAAAGAUAAGACUGAGAAGCAAGACUCCUCCAUUGGACCUAAAAAGCAUGAGACUGAGCAACAAGACCCGUCCAUUGAUCCUAAAAUAGAUGAGAAUGAGAUACAAGACCCGUCCAUUGAUCUUACAAAAUAUAAGACUGAGAAAAAAAACCCGUCCAUUGAUCUAAAAAAAGAUGACCCUUCCAUUGGUCUGAAAAAAAAUAAGACUAAGAAACAAGACCCUUCAAUUGAUAUAAUCAAGCGUGAGACUGAGACACAUGACCAAUCAUUUGAAUUCUUCAAAAUUAUUGACAAAGUAGGAAGUUCAGGACAUACGUUUAAACUCUUACAUUAUGUUUUUUGUGCUUCCUUUUUGUGUUUUAUAUUUUGUCCGAUGUUUUCAAGUGCACUCCCAUUAAGAAUGGAUAUAAGUACUUGCACGAAAGGAUUACCUGUUUCCAUUCCUUUGCAUUUAUUUCCAGGUUAUGAUUACACUGUAAGCAUUGGAGGGCAUGAAGUAGGUGCAUGUGAUAUGGUUGCGUCUAUGACAUGCUUUAUAACACACACCUUUGACGGUGGAUACAAUUUCGCUGAGAAUGCUUUGACCUGGAAUUUGACCAUUUCUCAAGUCUCAUGUGACGAUUUUAAUGUCACUGUUAGAAUCACUGGACAACAUAAUGUUCAGAGUACUCACUUAAACAUACUUGGAUGUGAUACACAGAAAUUAGAUGAUGGAGGUCCAAAUCCAGUAAACAAUGUGACAAUUGUCCCUUGUAAGGCAGGAAAACCAGUCAUUAUCAGUUUGCCACUGGACAAUGGUAAUGAUUAUGUCAUACGUACUGGGGAUAUUGACAUUGGGGCCUGUGACAUGAUGUUGAGCCACACGUGUUUCCUUAAAAGCAGAACAUAUUUAGGGAAGUUCUGUUUCUCUGGGGAGGGUAUUCUAUGGAAUUUGACCGUUAAUGAAAUGUUGUUAAACAGUAUACAUGUCUCUGUAGUAGAAACUGGAACGAACCCAAAGCAUAAUGUCACAUUUAGGAUACAAAAAUGCAAACCACCGAACAUGUCUGAAACUGAGACUGUUGGUAAUUUUAACUUUGCACAUGGACUUUUUGUUUUGUUCUGCAUUAUUGCAGCAUUUGCACUGUUGAUUUGCUGUGCUGUGCGUAUUUUUGAAUAAGCAUUCCUUUGGAACAACACAAUAUAAUUUCCCUUAUGGGUCUGGUAACAAUAAAUUUAUGAAGAAGCAAAAUAAAAUUGUUGACAUUAAUAGUCCUGAUUCCAUACAAUGGAUUUUUCAAUGAUUUGCUUAUGCAAAAAAUGAACUUGUUAGAUUCACCCAUGGUAACAAUAAGUAGAAUGCAUAUCAGUUUACAAUGAAAAACAAUCGUAUUAAAAUAAAAAGUAAAGAAACAAAAUUAGCAUUCUUGUGAAAAUUCAGGUAAAAAGUAGGUUUGCAUGAGAGUGAAUUCUUUGUACAUUAUGAUAGAGAUGUUUGCUAAAAUGUAUUGAACUGAUUUAUUGUGCCCUACCGGUGAAACCGGAGGGGACUUAUGGUUUGCGCUAUGUCUGUCUGUCCGUAAGUCAGUCAGUCUGUCACACUUUUCUGGAUCCUACGAUGAGUUCUUCAUAUAUUUUCAUGAAACUUGAAACAUGGACAGACGGCAAUAUGGAGAUUAUGCACGUCAUUUAAUUGUGUUCCUACGUCAGGAAUUCUGGUUGCUAUGGCAACAAAUAGACUAGAAAUACUGCUAAAAAUGGCGGAGUUUCACCGGUAGGGGACCAUAUUGCUUGGCAAUAGUCUUGUUAGUUAAUGGAUUUUACAAAACUUCUUAAUGUAUACUGAUUGUAGUGGUAUUGUUAUAGUCGGAAAUUAUAAACAGAUAUACGUUUGUUUGUUGUUAUCGUUAGUUUUUAGCUCACCUGAUAGCUCAGAUGAGCUUUUGUGACCGGUCUUUGUCCAUCGUCUGUCCGUCCGUCCGUCCACAUUUGUUCGUAAACACUCUAGAGGCCACAUUUAUUGCCCGAUCUUUAUGAAACUUGGUCAGAAGCUUUGUCUCAAUGAAAUCUCGGUCGAGUUUGAAACUGGGUCGUGCCGGGUCAAAAACUAGGUAACUAGGUCAAAAAAAGAAAAAAAACUUGUAAACACUGUAGAAGUCGCAUUCGCAAAUGGUCCCGAUUGGUAAAAAAACAUGGCUGCCAGGGGGUGGGGCAGUUUUCCUUAUGUGACUAGAGAGAAACCUUGUUAUAGAACACUAUGGAAGUCACAUUUUUUGCCUCAUCAUCGUGAAAUUUAGUCAAUACAUUGGUUUUAUUGAUUUCUCGGACAAGUUGGAAAAAGGCUCAGAACGGUUAAACACAUUUUAUAGCUCACCUGAUUGCUCAGGUGAGGUUUUAGGAUUGGUCUUUGUCCGCCGUCAGGCCGUCCACAUUUGGUUUGCAAACACUCUAGCAUUCAAUUUUCUUUUCUCAAGCAUUCUUUAUCAAAGUUGGUGAAAGAUCUCAGUCAAGUUGCUAAUGAGCAAAAUCACAUAAUUAAUGCCAUAAUUAUUGCCCUUAGAUUGUCCAAAUUUUCGUUAUAUUAUACAAAAUCCUUGUAAACACUCUAGAGGUCACAAUUUUGUUUCAGAUUUUAUGAAUCUUGGUCAUAAUAUUUAUUUUUGUAAGCAAAGUUUGAUGUUUGGUAAGGGGGGUCAACUCCAAAUAUAGGUCACCUGGUAAAAUCUUACAAAAACAAAAAACACUUCAUAAGCCAGAGUUUUUAUUCAAUAAUGAUGACUUGACCAGGAUGUUUGUCUGGACAAUAUCUAGGUCAAGUUUGACGUUUGGUAAAGAUUGAAUUAACCGACUCCUCUCAGGUGAGCGAACUAGAGCCAUCUUGGCUCUCUUGUUUAAAUACUUUUCUGGCUGGUUAAAAAUUCUAUGUAAAUGUAAUAAUUGAUAGAUUCACCAUCAGAUAUGUGUGUAAUAGUGUUGCUCACAUUAAUCAAAUGAUUGUUGCAAUCCAUAUAUGAAAAAAAAAGUUAAAUGUAUCAACCUAAAAUUUAUCAAUUUAAAAGCUAAUAUAAAUUGUGUGCUCCACUUCAAUGCUACCUUAUUUAUCUUUGAAGUGUUUUAAUGUAUCCUUAUGCAAUUAUUAAAGACAUAAAUUAUGAAAUUGCAAUUUAAAAAAAAACUUUCUAUGAAUAUACGAGGCCAAAACUGUGCCAAAAAGUUUUAGUGCACUCUGGAAACUCUUGUAUUUUUCAUACAUCAAAUUGAAAGUGAUGUGUUUUGUUUUAUUUUAAAGAAGUUUCAUCCUAAAAUAUAUCCUAUGAUUUAUUUAAUUUGUGUAAACAUUUGUUCAAAGCAAAACAUAGUGAUUUGGUAUUAUGUAUGUUUUUGGAAAAGCUGAGAUACGUACAUUGAAGUAAAGGUUAUUUGUCAGUGGUGUGUUAUAACUUUUGCAUUGUGUAAUGUACACGUAUUUAAUGUACAUUUAUAAUGCUCCCCCCCCCCAAUUUGUUUUUUUUGGGGGGGGGGAGCAUAUAGUCGCCGCUUCGUCUGUCCGUGUGUGCGUCUGUCUGUCUGUCUGUCUGUCUGUUCUUGCACAUUUUUUGUCCGGGCUAUUUCUCAGCAACUAAUGACCGGAAUUCAAUGAAACUUUAUUUGGAGCUUCACUAUCAAGAGGAGAUGUGCAUAUAAUCAGCGGGUUCUGGUCGGAUGAUUUUUCACAGAGUUAUGGCCCUUUGAAAUUUUCUAUAAAAAAAUUAUUGUCCCCCCAACUACUGUGCCGUCAAGACGUUUCCUUUUAUCUGAAUAUAUAGCGCAAUAUUGUGACAAAAAAACCUUUGGGGAGCAUCACCCGUCUCCGACGGUU